CGGAGGUCGGUGUGAUUGCUAGCUCCUCGGCUCAGGACCAUGCUGUGCCCACUCCGCUUCGCCCUCCUCCUGGCAGGUGCCCUCUGCUCGGCCGGCAGCCCCACUCCGGCCCCCGAGGGCCCCCAGGACACCUGCUCUUCAUGCGGGCUCCGGCCCCCGGACGAGGAGGUGGCCCGGCUGGACCAGGACUUUCUGGAGGCUGUGAAGAGACACAUCCUGAUCCGGCUACAGAUGAGGGACCGACCCAACAUCACCCAUGCCGUGCCCAAGGCUGCCAUGGUCACAGCCCUGAGGAAGCUCCACUCCGGCCGGGUGAGGGAGGACGGGCGGCUGGAGAUCCCCAACCUGGACGGGCAAGCCAUGUCCAGCCCGGAGAUACAGGAGAUGGGCACCUCCGAGAUCAUCAGCUUCGCCGAGACAGACGAUGUAACAGCAUCUCGAGUUCGACUCACCUUCACCAUUUCAAACGAGGGCAACCAGAACCUGUUUGUCUUCCAGUCUAAUCUGUGGCUUUACCUGAAGCUGCCCGAGGUCAUCGAGAAACCGGGCAGGAGGAAAAUCCGCAUGAAGCUUCACUUCCAAGACCCGACCAACCCUGCCAAGAUGGGCUUGGUGGAGAAGAGAGUGGACAUCCGAAGAAGUGGUUGGCAUACCUUCCCUCUGACCGAGACCAUUCAGGCCCUCUUCGAAAAAGGAGAACGAAGGUUGAGCCUUGAGGUCCAGUGUGAUGGCUGCGAGGAAUCGUCUGUUAGUCCGGUGUAUGUUGACCCAGGGGAAGAGUCCCAUCGACCCUUUUUGGUUGUCCAUGCCCGAUUAGCCGACAAUAAGCACCGGAUCAGGAAAAGAGGUCUAGAGUGUGAUGGCAGAACCAACCUCUGCUGUAGGCAGCAGUUUUAUAUUGACUUCAGACUUAUUGGGUGGAAUGACUGGAUCAUAGCGCCAUCUGGUUACUAUGGCAAUUACUGUGAGGGAAGCUGCCCAGCCUACUUGGCAGGAGUCCCGGGUUCGGCCUCAUCUUUUCAUACGGCAGUGGUCAACCAGUACAGGAUGAGGGGGCUCAACCCCGGGACGGUGAACUCUUGCUGUAUUCCUACAAAACUGAGUACAAUGUCCAUGCUGUACUUUGACGAUGAGUACAACAUCGUCAAGAGGGACGUCCCUAAUAUGAUUGUGGAGGAAUGCGGGUGUGCAUGAUAACAAUACCAGGACAAUCUCCACUUCCCCCGAUACCUCCCACAACGGGAUGCCAAGAUGCAGUAACGUUCGGAGGGCAGAGAUUAUUUCACAAUUGAGCUCAGUUCCAGUCUGUGGACAUCAAGUCCUCUUCUCAAGACAUACAGUACGAGAACUGUCAGCGACCGCCACUCACGGAGGACCCACAGAACAAUCCAGUGCCAGCAAGAUUCUGGAAAAGGAACAAACAGGUUUCCACUCAACUUUUGAGGAGUCUUAACUGUUACCGGGGUGGAAAAAAAAUAAAUGCUG